CAACUACUCUACUCAUAAAAAUCAUUCUCUAAACAAACCAAACCACAAAACAAAUCCGCCACAAUGAAGUUCUCCAUCUUCGCUACUCUCGCCUUCCUCGGCCUUGCUCUUGCCUCUCCCGCCGCGAACUCCGCGAGCAACACUGCUACUCUUCCCUCCGGCGCAACCUGCAACAAGGACGGAAGCAUGGGCAACUGUCAAAGUGGACUCUGCGUUCAAGAGGAGAACGCCAGCACUGGAACUUGCCAGUAA